CCAUCUCAGCACCACUCGUUUAUAUAUGCACCUGGAUCAAUAAUCAUUUGUCUCUUCCAUAAGCGUAGACCUACCACAGGGCUGGGCCAACCAGUCCCGAUCGAUCAGCCAGCAUGGCGUCCUCCUCCAAACGGUCGCUGCCAUGCGUGCUCCUCCUCCUCCUCGCUGUCUUCCACCACGGCUGCUCGUCGGCGAGGGCCCACAGACGCGCCGGCGACAUGGAGGGGAGCAUGAGCACCGACGACAGCUCGAUGAUAGAGCGGUUCCAGCGGUGGAAGGCGGCGUACAACAAGUCCUACGCCACGGUCGCCGAGGAGCGGCGGCGGUUCCGGGUGUACGCGCGCAACAUGGCGUACAUCGAGGCCACCAACGCCGAGGCCGAGGCGGCGGGGCUCACGUACGAGCUCGGCGAGACGGCCUACACCGACCUCACCAACCAGGAGUUCAUGGCCAUGUACACGGCGCCCGCGCCGGCGCAGCUGCCCGCGGACGAGUCGGUGAUCACCACGCGCGCGGGGCCGGUUGACGCCGUCGGGGGCGCGCCGGGCCAGCUGCCGGUGUACGUGAACCUGUCCACCUCCGCGCCGGCGAGCGUGGACUGGCGAGCCAGCGGCGCCGUGACGCCGGCGAAGAACCAAGGCCGAUGUGGUACGCACAAUCCGUAACUGACACCAUCAUCAUUCUGUCCUUCCUGGCACCUGUCAUUUGCCACCAGUUGUUGCUCUUGCCUGUCCCACAUGCAUGCAUGCUUGUCACUGCGCAAAACACACAUGCUUUUGUCCUGGAUGGACGGGUUCACCCGGAGCGAGGCGUCGCUGGCCAACGCCGUGGCCACCCGGAGCGAGGCGUCGCUGGCCAACGCCGUGGCGGGGCAGCCCGUGGCCGUGUCCAUCGAGGCCGGCGGCGACAACUUCCAGCACUACAAGAAGGGAGUGUACAACGGGCCCUGCGGGACCAACCUCAACCACGGCGUCACCGUCGUCGGCUACGGCCAGGAGGCGGCCGGCGGCGACAGGUACUGAAUCGUCAAGAACUCGUGGGGGCAGGGGUGGGGCGACGGCGGAUACAUCAGGAUGAAGAAAGACGUCGCCGGCAAGCCGGAGGGGCUCUGCGGCAUCGCCAUCCGCCCGUCCUAUCCACUAAUGUGACAUGGUGGUGUGCAUCUGUUUUCGUUUUAAUUAUUAUUUUAUUUUAUUAAUUAAACAAUAAAUAAGUAGUCAACAUAUGGAUCGACUCAAACUUUUGCAGUUACGUGUACCAGUACACUUGUUGUAUCCAUGGCAUCUCGCGUGUAAACUUUAUUCUGGUGCAAAAACGACUUCUGCAAAUGAAGGUUUGUACGUGUACAA